AUGGCGAGGUCAACAGCCAUGGAAGCAGAGCGACUAACUCUACCUCUCUUGAUCUUCACAUUUCUCACACUUGCUGCUGCAUCCUCAACUAACCAGAUCCAAAUCCUUAACGCCGAACGUAGAAUUGACUUGAGUUCACAUAUCGUUAAGGUCUUCUUGACUUUAAAGGUUGAGAAUGUCGGGACAACUUCUGCUUCAGAAAUCCUUCUUGCAUUCCCACCUUCUCAAGUUGAUCAGCUAGCACUUGUCAAAGCACAAAUUGCUAUAGGCAAGAAGAAGAAGAAAAGUUAUGUUCAUCUUGAAGUAAACCCAACAGAGCUACCUGAUACGCCAAAUGGAACUAAAUAUUUUAGGAUAUCUUUGCUUAAUCCCUUAAGUUCAGGUGGAACUGCAACUCUGGAAGUGCUUUAUAUAUUAACACAUGUUCUGGAACCUUUCCCAGCGGAGAUAAGCCAAUCAGAAUCGCAAUUGGUAUAUUUCCGUGAUAGUGCAUUAGUACUGUCACCAUAUCAUAUUAAGCAGCAGACCACUUUUAUUAAGACACCAAGUACAAAAGUGGAAUCAUUUACAAGAGUGGAACCCACCAAGCUUGCUGGUAGAGAGCUGAAGUAUGGACCAUAUGAAGACCGUCCUCCAUAUUCAUUUUCUCCAGUGAUUGUUCAUCUUGAGAAUAACAGCCCAUUUGCAGUUGUUGAGGAGCUUUUACGAGAAGUGGAGAUAUCUCACUGGGGCAACAUCCAGAUAACAGAGCAUUACAAGUUGGUUCAUGCUGGUGCUCGACACAAAGGCGUGUUUUCAAGGGUUGAUUAUCAAUCUAGGCCAUCUUUUAAUGGCGUGUCUUCAUUCAAACACCUUGUAGCAAGUCUACCACCUAGGGUGCACUCUGUCUAUUAUCGGGAUGAAAUCGGAAACAUCUCAUCAUCACAUUUACGUACAGAUUACCGUAAGUCAGAACUUGAAAUCGAACCACGGUAUCCUUUAUUUGGAGGUUGGAAGGCUACUUUUGUCAUUGGAUAUGGGCUACCACUGGAGGACUUCCUUUUUGAGUCUCCAGAUGGCAAGCGUUACCUCAACUUCAGCUUUGGAUGUCCUCUUGCCGAGAGUGUCGUGAACAAGUUGACCAUCAAAGUUGUGCUGCCAGAGGGAUCAAAAGAACCUUCAGCUGUUGUUCCUUUUCCAGUGGAGCAGCGUCUAGAGACCAAAUAUUCCUACCUUGAUGUUGUUGGGAGGACUGUGCUGGUUCUGGAAAAGAAAAAUGUGGUUCCUGAGCACAUAACUCCUUUCCAGCUUAUCUACACAUUGAUCUUUCCAUACGCAAGUGAAAAUGCUCCAGAGGCCAGAUUCUGCAACUUGGUAGUGAUAUAUGUACCAGUUUUUGACAUUGAUAUGCUCAUUUUGCCAUCCUUGUCUGAGGAGGGUGACAGCUUUACUUGUUUAAUCAUGAGGAACUGA